GCAGUCAGCAUCGCACCACAUCACUGCAUUCCACGAUGAGGUGCUUAGUAGUCCUGUUGGCUCUGGUAGCCUUAAGUGCCACCGCUAGUAUCAAGCAACAACAACGUGCUGCCGACCAGUCUUUUCUUCAAAAACAAGACGAUGUAAUCCAACUCCUGCAGAAGGUCACACAGCCGAUUCCCAACCAGCAGUUGCAGCAGCUUGGUCAGAACUAUGACAUCGAAGGUAGCGCUCACCAGUAUCAGAACCCGACGAUAGUGAAGUACUACGCGGCUGCUGUGAAAGCUGGCCUAACGCAACCGCAAGGUACAGCACACAGCAACUCUGUCAGUCAACUUCGCAAGGAGGUUGCCCUUCUGUACAGAAUCAUGUUGGGUGCUAAAGACUACCAGACCUUCCUCCAGACCGCCGCCUGGGCACGCGUUCACGUCAACGAAGUCCAAUUUGUCAAAGCUUUAGCUGCCGCUGUACUGAGUCGUCCUGAUACCCAAGGUGUCGUUCUGCCACCACCUUACGAAGUCCUGCCCCAGUACUACCUGGACGCCAGAGUUAUCCAGCAAGCUCAGGACAUUUCCAUCCAACAAGCGAUGCAACAGCAACAACAGCAACAACAAGGAGGAAAUCAACAGGAUGUCCUUAUCCCUGUCAACUGUACUGCUUCCCUCUCCAAUAACGAACAGCAAGUGUCCUACUUUACCCAAGACAUCGGUCUUGCCGCGUACUACGAGUACAUCAACCUCGCCGGAUACACCUCGUCACAGGAACAACAACAACAACCACAGCCUAUGACCAAGCAGCAGUACGAACAGCAGCUCGUAGGCAAAUAUCUGCAGCAGGGACAACAGGACCAACCCCAAAAUGGUCGUGGAGCUCAGUACCUCUACCUUCAUCAACAGCUCUUAGCUCAAUACGAACUUAACCGUCUCGCGAACGGUCUUGGACCAAUUGAAGAGAUCGACUCUGAAAACGUGCAAGCUCCCUUCCAGCCGCACCUCCGCAACCCCAACGGAAUAGAAUUACCAAGCCGUCCUCAGAGCCUGAAUCUUAAAAACCAGCCCAACCAGAAGCAACUCGCCGAAUCUGUCUGGACCAUGGAACAAAGACUGAUGGAAGCCAUCGACUCUGGCCACGUAAUCACUCCUCAGGGCAUUUUCCUUUCUCUGUACCAACCGCAGGGCCUGAAUAUCCUUGGUGAUUUGAUCGAAGGAACCGGCAGAAGCGUGAACCCAAGGUACUACGGAAGCCUCCAGGCUGCAGCCCGUAAACUGCUUGGUAACGCUCCGGAAGUCCAAAACAUCUGGGACUACAGUCCGUCCGCUCUCGAACUUGGACAAACCGCCGUCCGCGACCCUGCCUUCUACCAGCUGUACAAGAAAGUGAUGAAGCUCUACAACCAAUACCAGCAGUCUCUGCCUGCCUACCAGUCGAACGACUUGAUCUUGCCCGGAGUUAGCAUUCAGAACGUUGAAGUUAGCGAACUCGUUACCCUCUUCACUGACUAUUUCGUCGACCUCGACGCCGUCACUGCUCAAGGCACGAGCCAAAGCCAACAGCAACAACAAGGUCCACAGCAACAACAGGGUCAACAGCAACAACAGGGUCAACAGCAACAACAGGGUCAACAGCAACAACAGGGUCAACAGGGCCAACAACAAGAACAGCACAUCAAGGCUGUCCUUAAGAGAUUGGACCACAAACCGUACCAAUACAAGAUCUUAGUCAACAGCAACAACAACGUUCCCAACGCAGUCGUUCGCGUCUUCGUGGGUCCGAAAAACGAUUACCAAGGCAAACCGGUCAGCAUCUCCAAGAACCAGCACCUUUUCGUCCAACUCGAUCAAUUCAUGCAGAACCUCCAAUCUGGUCAGAACACCAUCGUCAGGAAUUCUCAGCAGGCUGCUGGACAGAGCGCUGACUGGCCGUCCACGGAACAAAUCAAUCAAGGAGUGAAUGCUGCCGCCCGAUCCGAGGGACCAUUCUUUGUCACCCAGCCACACCAGAUCCACAGCUUCCCGGCUAGGUUAUCCCUUCCCAAGGGUACCCAGCAAGGUUUCCCACUUCAGUUCCUCGUUGUGAUCACCGGCCCCGGUCCACUCAACGCCCCGUACGGUCCAGUGAUCCCUGAACAGAGCUUGACUUACCAAGGCCAGCAAUUCCAGAUCGUCAAUCCUGAACAAUAUCAACAGCUGAAACAACAGAAUCAAGUCAACCAAGUGUCUGGUGGAAUCCAGCAGAACGUGGAGGUCAACACGGACCAACUGAGCAUUGCCCAGCAACAAAGUCAAGCCGUCAGAAACCACUAUGCCAACGUUUAUACCAGAUACCACGGACAGUACCCUAACACGCAGAUCCAGAACCCUGUUGGACAAGGCCAGGACAUGACGUACACCAUCCAAGGCGUCGUUAACAUGGGAGCCAGCGGACCUCAAGGAUUAGGAUUACAAGGACAACAAAAUAUCGCUGGACAAUCCCAAAUCUCUCAGCAACAGGCUCAACAGAUUCAACAACAGAUCCAAGCCGCGGCAUCGGCAGCAGCUGGUCAACAGGGACAAUGGGUCCAGAACCAAGCUGGUCAAAUGAUCUGGUCGCAACAAGGACAACAGGGACAGCAAGGCCAACAGGGACAGCAAGGCCAACAGGGACAACAGAACUGGCAGCAAAUCGGUCAAUCCGGACCUAACGCUGGAAGCCAAGCAUUGCAGCAAGGUCUCUACGGUCUGCAGGGAGUGUUCCAGGGAAUCGCUCAAGGCGCCCAACAGGGUCAACAAAGUCAACAAGGUGGUUUCGGUGGACAACAAGGAAUCCAAAGCGUGUCCUCUGUUAUGCAAGGCGCACAAGGAGCUUGGGGCGUCGGACAAGGUGUCCAAAGCGUACACGUGCCGUACGGCAUCCAGAAAACUCAAAGUGCUAACGGCGGAGUCCAAUGGCAAGGUCCCCAGGUUCAAGGAGCUAUAUCCGGAACAGGAAUCGUCGCUAGCGGACAACAGCAUGCCGGUGGCUUCCAAGGUGCCUACGCUCAACCGCAGACUGUCCAGGACCCGGCGGUCAGCGAGUACUAUCAGAACAAGCCAAUCAGCCAGACCAUCGGCGGUGCCAUCUCCCUCGACGACAAGCCUCUCGGCUUCCCUCUGGAGAGACCGCUGACGCCUGGUGCACUCAGCGUUCCCAACAUCUUCGUGAAGGAGGUUCUCGUCUUCCACGAAGGCCAUCCCACCAACGACAUCACCCAGCAAUAAAUAUGUUCCUACGAUGAACCGCGCGGCAUUUAGCCAUACGCGAAACGUUUAUACGACGGACUUAGCGCGCUUACAAUGUUGCUAAUGUUAAUAAUUAAAAAAAUAAGGUUUAUUGAUGUAUCAAAUUGUAAUGAAUAAAUUGCUGUAAAAAGCAA